AUGACGAUCAAUUAUAACCUGGCGGUAUCGACGUCGAAGCCCUGGACGUUGUUCAAGCUGCUGCUAAAGUGGCGAGGCAGCAUCUGGAAGGCAGUAAUUCUGGAGCUGGCGGUGUGGCUCAUCCUAUACGCCGUGCUCAGCAUCAUCUACCGCACCGCUCUCAAUCCUGGGCAGCAAAGGUGAAGAUAUAUUAGUUUUAAUCACAAGAAUUUUCAUUAAAAAGCCAAUUUUAAAGAUCGGAAGAAAGGUUCAAUUUAAGAAAGCAUUUUUUUGUGCUGAGUCAUGCCUUUUUUUAAUUUCGCGCUUAAAAAAAUCAAAAAAAUUAUGAUGAUAUACAAAAAUAAAUAUCAGCCAUAAUAAUUAUAAAUAAUGUUAAAAAAAUAAACAAAAAAAUUGCGAUUGAAAUUAAUUUUUUUAAUUUUUGCGACAGAACGACAUGAAAUCGCGGCCUUUACACUUCGCGACGCGCAAAAAGUAGCCACUGAUUUUUCUAUUUGAAACUUUCCUUUUUUCCUCUUACCGUUUGGUCAAUGAAAACGCUCGAAAUUCGUUACGAAUUUGCAGUUUUUUUCUAAUGUUUAAUCUUCAGAAACUUAACUAUAUCAUGAAAAGUUUCCGAACAGAACUUUCGAACGAGUGGUGCAGUACUGCGACCUGCGACUGAAUUACAUCCCGCUGAACUUCAUGCUCGGCUUCUUCGUGACAGCCGUCGUCAACCGCUGGACUUAUCUCUACCAGAUCAUCGGCUUUAUUGAUAAGUUCGUUGCUAUUUGAAAUUUUGAUGGGAAGUCGAUAAUUUCAGUAUCGGUCUGAUGGCGGCCGAGUACGUACGAGGGAGGUCCGAGCAAGCGCGAAUGUACCGGCGGAACAUCGUUCGAUAUUGCGAGCUGGCACAGGUCCUGGUAUUCCGCGACAUCAGCAUGAGGACGAGGCGAAGAUUUCCCACUCUAGACACAGUUGUAGCCGCAGGUUUCUUUUUAUAUUUGCUUCCUUGUCAGCUUUUUUUUUUUUCUUUUGAUUAGAUUAUCUUUAUCUUAAAUAUAAUAAUUUCUGCAGGCUGAGGCUUUGAGAAGCUCAAUCUGUAGUUUAGUAAACAGUAUAAAGCUCAUUUUUCAGAAAGUGAUAAGUUUUUAGGUUAUCGAAGAGAAUAGUUUUUGGAUUACCAGGUUUGAAAAAAAUUCUACUCUACUAGAUUUUUGUAAAAGUAUGUCAACAGUGCACAGUUUUAUAAAUCUGCGAAAUUUCUACUUUUCAUCAAAAAUUAACUUUUUCUUCAUAAUUAGAAAAAAACAAGGAAAUGUAUUAGGUCUGAAGAAAAUUUUCGAAAAAAAAAUGAGAAUAAGUCGGUUAGCUCAAUUCCAUUUAUUACGAAAUGAAUAAGUCUACUCCCACAUGUUCCCAGUUCAAUUAGACUUUUGAACCUGAGACUUGUAUAUUUACCCAACUUUUCAUGGUUUGGUUUUGUGAACCAAUAUUGGCACGGCGUGACCUUAAAAAUUCCUCUUGUAAUUGCGAAAUUAAGAGAGUUUGCUCAGGAUUCAUGAUGCCACACGAAAAAGAGCGGUUUGACGAGAUCCAGUACCGCUAUUCAAAGUACUGGGUACCGUUUCAAUGGGCUCUCGGCUUGACCUACGACGCCCGGAAGAAAGGCCUCAUCGAGAGCGACUACUACCAAGUCGUCGUUCAAGAUGUGAGGAUUUUUUCCCCGUUUCGGAAAAUUUCAAAUGAAGCGGGUACAGGAAAUUUGAAAAAAAAAGCAAGAAGAACUUGACAAAGUUUCACAGUAACCCAGCGUGUUGAGUACCGUAAUCAUUCCCUAGAUUUGUUAUGAAAGUUUAUUAUUUCGCAACUUGCUUAGAAAAAACUCAUAAUUUCUUAAAUACGCAGGGGCCCUACCGUAGUCUGGCUACUGUGAGAUAGAAUGAGUCGAAACUUCAGCACUUAAAAACGCGAGAGUGAUCACUAUAGGGACAAACAAGGGCCCCUAGAAGGUCCCCUCCCCCCAUUUGAGAGAAAGUUUAAAAGACCCUGUGAUAAAAUUUAAGCUUGAGUGGCCUAAGGGUAAACCCUCAUGAGAAACAUCGAAAUUUUACUCCUAUAAAGAGCAAUUUUUCCCCUAUAGCGACUGUUUUCCUCUAAACCCUGAAGGGACCGCUCUGGUGUUUCUAAGCAUUUCUGAUGAAUAUCACACUGGGUAAAGCUUCAUCGAAAUAAAACCAACAUUUUAUUUUACGGGAAUUUCAGAGACAGCGUGUUGACAAUUUAGAAUUAACAUCUCCUUUUUCAGGAGAUCAAAAAGUUCCGAACCGGACUGGCUUGGAUUUGUAACUACGAUUGGGUCCCCAUUCCGAUAAUGUACCCCCAGUUGGUGUGUCUAGCCGUUCACACCUAUUUCCUGGUCUGUCUUUUGGCAAGACAAUAUGUUGUUUCUGAACAUGCUGACAACAAGACAGAGGUCUGAAAUUGAAAUUUUAAUACAAAAAAAGAAGAUGUUUCAGGUGGAUCUUUACUUCCCGAUAAUGUCGACAUUACAGUUCAUUUUCUACAUGGGAUGGAUGAAGGUGGAAAAUUUUUAUUCAUUAUUCAUUGAUAAGAAAUGUCUGUUAUGUCUUCUCCCUCACUAAAUCUAUUGUUUACACGCUAUUUUCUGAGUUUUAUGAUCUCACAGGGGAGAGAAAAGAGAGCGCAGAGAAGCCAGACUGCAUCAAGACAUGGUGAAUGAGUUUUAGAAAUAAAUUUUGAGAAGGAUAUUCAAAAUAAGCCUUGAUGAGAAUUUGAUAGAGCUUGUGGAAAUCUCAUAAAGGUCUCGCAGCGAAAAGCUUUUUUUUGGGAGUUUCAAGGAUAGUUUUUAGAUAGACCUGUUGUCUGUACUUUGGAAAGAAUCAAAAGGCUGAUUUGAACUGGAAAUAAAGGACUAUUUUCAAGUUUCAAGGUAGCCGAAGUGAUGCUGAACCCGUUCGGAGAAGACGACGACGACUUUGAAUGCAACGCUCUGAUUGACAGAAACAUCACGGUUAUCCAUCCCCUUUCCUCCUAUUUUUCAACGGAAAUGGAAUUCUCAGAUGGUUCUGAUGAUGGUGGACCAGGGUUACGACCGGGCGCCAGCCUUGAAACGGGAUCCGUUCUGGGACGAGGAGGUCGAACCGCUCUACUCGGAAGAAACAGCCAGGAUUCCGAAUAAUCCUCUCAAGGGAUCGGUCAGCGAAGUCAGGUAGGUGAAAAGUAAUGAACUUGGCACUCUGAAAAAAAUAUGUAUUGAUUUUUAACGUUUUCAAUCGUCUUUCUGGACUAACUAAAACUCAAAACGUGGACAGAACUCAUAAUUAAGCACAUAAUUUGUAUAAAAUAAUCGUAGAAACCAGAACCAUGGUAUGGUAUGUUGAAAAAAUUUUUACAGGGCUGAUUUGUGGGAAGUUGAAAAAAAGACCUGUUCGAUUUUUAAAAAAUCGAGUUUGGAUUCAAGUUUCGAAUAUCUCUGAAAAAAGAGAGGUGAAUAAAAGUUAUAAUAGCGAAGUUUUGUUCGGUGACAUAGUCGUUCAGAAAUCUUUCGAAAAAGUUAAAUUCGAAGCUUUUUGAGUUUUUUCGUUGUGGGGGCAUAACAUUUUUCUCUAGUAAGUAAAAAGAUAGUUGGGAAUUUGGUUUUCUGAAUGGUGUAGCGCUAAAAUCGCGAUAAACUUCUUUCUAAAUCUCUUUUUCUAUAUAAAACUACUUCUGAGGGAUCAAUGAGCCGGAUAAACAUCUAGAAAACUCAAACAGAUACCCUGAGAAACUCAAAAACCAAGUCUAAAAAGCUGAGCACCAACUACUUUUUUUAGACUCCCCGAAAGCGUCCAUGAAAUCAAGAUGGUUCCUCACUACGACGACCGAGGUGGAGCUCCUUUCAGCAACGGAGGCUCUCUUCGUCGUCGUGUCUCCGUUGUUCCUGUCAAGUGGGCGAAAACCUUGAAAGAACAACUUGAUCUUGUAAAUUCAGACCAGAAGAGCAGCAACAUCAUCAUCGGACGCGAGCUUCAGUGGGAAACAUCGAAAUGUUCAGGAGCUUCAAGCAUAAGGUUGAACGGUGGGUUUCUAGAGGUUUUUUGAAAAGUUUCUGAAAACGUGAUUAGAUCAUCAGAAAAUUAAAAAAAAGAUGAAAAUAUUGAAAUCGCAGGUCCUUCUCGCGUCCUCACUUGCAUGAGAACCUCGGCCGAAAGACCUUGUCCCAUGGAACGCUGGAGAACAUGGACGAUGACGUCAUGGCUCAUCAGACCAAGAGGAGCGCGUUCAGCAUCAGCGGCGCCAGUGGCGCCAGCACGCCCACUCACAACGUCUCCUUCAGUAACUCGGCUUUCGCGGAUUCCAGUUAGUCAUUUUCACAGAUUCUUAUCAUCUCUGGAUCAUAUUUUCUAUUUCUAUCGUUGGUCUGUUACUUAAAACUACAGAUAUCAUCUAGAUUAAAAAUACUAACCGAUUUAUGAAGCUUGGGUUGAGUCUGAAAGGCCCUAAAAUGGUCCCUUAAACAAUUUCUUCGAUUUUUCCAAAACUUUGAAGCUUCACUAGAGGGGUGGAAAAGUACAGAGAUACAUAAAAGCUCAUAUAAUGCUUCAAAAAGGCAGCAGAUCUUUUUUCAACCCUAAAAGGACAACUUUUAGAGAACUUCAAAGUAUUCUACUUUCAGACGAUGAGUUGAACUUGGAACCCUCGACGCCGACCUUCAAGGAGCCCGUUCGAAAAUCAGCAUCUAAUGCAAACCUCCAGAAACGCGACUUCCCACACCAUGUCCUCGAUGACGUCAUGGAGGAGAACGAAGAGGAGCAGGGAAUGAGAAAGAAGAGCAUCUUUGAGCCGUCGAUCACCCUCGUCGAAAACCCCAAACACAUUAUCCCAGAGACGGAAGAAAGGGAGAGAGAAGAAGAGAAGCUAGAGAAAAAAGAGGACACCAGCAGCAAAUCGUCCAGGUUGGUCUUUGGUCUUCGAAACCUCGAUUGGGUUGAAAAAUUAUCGGAAAAAUAUGCAUUUGGAAAUGUGUAGCUUGUCUGCGCACUCUUCUCUCUCACCUUCGAGGUCAUAGAAAUAAGAAAAGAGUAAGUGAGUCUCUGCGCCCUCCUCGUCUCUCGGCAACCCUCUCUUCUUGACGUGCUGUCUUCUUGUGUCUCUGACCUUGUCCGUGAGGGAACAGAGAGACGCAGACACUCAAAAUUGUCAAGUAACGGGCUAUAUAAAGCAUUUUUCCAGCAAAAAGGACGAAAUUUCGAAACGGAGCAGCGACUUUUUCAUCGGGUCAAGGCAGGACAGCGAAGAUCCAAUUUAG